AUGGCUUGGAGCCUGAGUUUGGAUCCUCCUGCACCAAGGGACGUCUUGGAGGUCGUGCUCAGUCUCGAGCAGCUGGUGCCGCAAAUUGGCUACCUGUCCAGCAUUGAUCGUGCACCCGCUCGGUUCGCUGGGAGAGACAAGAGAAUAAAUGCCAGUAUUCUUGCUGACACCAACUGUGAAGACAUUGAAGGCUACAGCAGACAAGCUCCAGCGCAGGAAGGUGUUGUUACUGACCCUUCCGCACUAGAUGUAGCCCUCCAUGCGAUAAACCCUGCGAUCCCCAUAACAACCUCUUUAGUCACGCAGAAUUCCACCAACGUAGGUGACAUCAUUCCUGCUCCUGCUGCAUACUGGCUGGAUGAUCCGUCGCCUGCUCGAUUCAGUGACCUUAAAAGGUCGUCGGUGGUCAUUACGGCCAGCAUCUCUAACACCAACAUCUCCUCAACGUUAACAUCUCCCUCAACACCAACAUCUCCCUCAAGUCUCCUCACACCAACAUCUUCGUCAACACCAACAUCUCCAUCGACGCCAACAUCUCCAUCGAUGCCAACAUCUCCCUCAACGCCAACGUCUCCCUCAACACCAACAUCUUCGUCAAACAACAUCCCCAACACCAACGUCUCCCUCAACACCAACAUCUCCUCAACACCAACAUAUUCGUCAACACCAACAUCUCCCUCAACACCAACAUCUCCCUCAACACCAACAUAUUCGUCCAACACCAACGUCUCCCUCAACACCAACAUCUCCUCAACACCAACAUCUUCGUCAACACCAACUUCUCCCUCAACACCAACGUCUCCCUCAACACCAACGUCUCCCUCAACACCAACAUCUCCCUCAACACCAACGUCUCCUCACACCAACAUCUCCAUCGACGCCAACAUCUCCAUCGACGCCAACAUCUCCCUCAACGCCAACCUCAACACCAACGUCUCCCCUCAACGCCAACGUCUCCCUCAACCAACGUCUCCCUCAACCCCUCUCAACACCAACGUCUCCUCAACGCCAACAUCUUCGUCAACACCAACGUCUCCCUCAACACCAACGUCUCCCUCUCCCUGA